CUGUCUACUUGACGGCAAAAAUGUUACCUCACGCAAACUAUGAGAGGAUAUCAGUGCAACCCCAUUCGGCAGGGACUGUGUUUGGAUCUUUGUUGGUGAAUGACAAUUCCGCCACGCCAUAUUCUGAUGCUACACAGAAAUAAAUACGAGAAGCGACGGAGUCGUGCUGUCUCAUCAAUCGACAACGACGACAUCAACAGCAACAACUAGAGUGACGCUAUAGAGUUCGCCUCCCAGAAGGAUCGCUCAGCUGAACGAAACUUUUUGAGACGCCCUGCCAGAAAUCGAUGAUAAUUAUUUGUUGGCAUUAACUGUGUUGAAUAGGCUUUUCCAACGAAGUCGUAACGUAUCAGAUCGGUAUUAUGCCUUGUGGAGUGGAUUUUUAAAAAUCAGUGAAAUUUUAAUAUCUAUAUAUAAAUGAGAAAUAACAACAGCAACAGCAGCAUGCACCGAGGAACUGUUGCGCUCUUGGGCCACAAACUAACCUUGCAUAUUGUUCUACCUCGCGAAGGAAGUGUUUACAUCAGAUGUUCGACUAAGAAACAUCCACCAAAUCACAUCAAGAGGCCCAUGAAUGCCUUCAUGGUUUGGUCGCAGAUGGAACGAAGGGAGAUCGUCAAGUUUGCUCCAGACAUGCAUAACGCUGAGAUCUCCAAACAACUUGGACGUCGUUGGAAGAUGUUGUCAGAAGAACAGCGACGUCCUUACAGGGAUGAAGCUGAACGCCUAAAAAAGUUGCAUAUGCUAGAGUACCCUGAUUACAAAUAUCGCCCACGCAAAAAGGGACAGAAGGCUCAAUUGAAGGGUAUCUCAGACAAAAAUGGAGGGAAAGUAUCCAAAGCCAAAGAUCACAUCAACAAAGAUAGAACCAAAAAUGUGGUUAAUGUCAUCAGUAAUACCCAUAUUACUCAUACGCAGGGACUUGAGGUUGAUCACAAUAAGCUUGGUAUCAAGAUCACCAUAGACGAUGACUUCAAGAAGAACCAUAUGGUGACCCAGAAAGGUGCAAUGGCACUAACCCCUCAGUCACCCCCAGAAGUGCCAGCAAGCCCACCAUGUGACCUCCCAGAUUCUCCCGAGAGUGCCUCUAUGUAUGAUGACCAGCACGCCUUUACUUACACACCCUCUGUCACUAAUCUCUACAAUUCUACAUCUUCAUCUACAACAAAGAGCAGCAUGGCUACUCAGAAUUCAACAUCCAGUACCACAAUGUGCAGUUUCUCCAGUCUUAUUAAGCAAGAACCUGAUGACCCUCUGUAUGAAGCUGUAUAUACUCCACAAAGUUUGGCAUCCCCAGGUCUUGCUUCUCCAAAAUGUGAAACCCCAACAACUCCCAUUAUCAAGUCAGAGAUAAAGACAGAGACUCAGAGUCCAAACAGCCCAGUAGAAGCAACUGUAGAGCAUCCAACACUAGAUGAUUUGUACAGCAUCACAGAUUUUGUAGCCAUAUCUGACAUCAAGAUGGAUCUGGAUUCUAUUGAUGCAGAUAUUGAUUUUGAUGCUGUAAGCACAAGCUCCGGAUCUCAUUUUGACUUUGCAAGUGUAGCAGAGGAAACUGAUCAUUUGUUAUCAGACUGUGGACUUUCCAAUACUUGGAUUGGUGCCAAUAGCUUCCUACUAUAGAAGGGGAAAUUCUCAUGAUCACUUGCAGCGAGUGUUUGUUGACUACUGUAUUUCAUUAUCUUUCGUCUAGACAACGAAAGUAAAAAGGGAUAUAAAUUCUGUCCAGCAUAGACUAAACUUUCUGUACUCUAGUAAAGUCAAUAGUAUUGUACAUGAGAGACUUGUUGGAUUGGGACCAACCAAAGUCCUAACUACCUACCAAACUUACAAAGCCUCCAUAACGGUACCAGUGCCUUCAAAUCAUUGUUUCCUAAGAGUUCACAACAAACAGACAGACAGACAGACAGACAACCAGCAAACCGCAUUUAAACCACAGUCUGGUCAUUCAAAUAGUGCACAAAACCAUCUUGGUGAUACAUAUAAAUUAAUAUAUAUAUAGAUAUAUUAUAGACCUUAGCCUCUUGCUGCCAGCCAUGUAAAUAAACAUAUUCUCUUGUGAAAAAAUUAGCUCCUCUGGGGAUUUUUUCUGAUAAUUUAUAAAAUGUUUGAGGCGUUCUGUGAUGUUUAUUAUUUAAAAUAUUUGAAGUAACACUGUUUGGAUAGCUCCUGUCUUUAGCCGAACUAAUUUAUGGAUGAUGGAAAGAAUUGAAAAGUGAGGCUGCAUGGAACUACGCAAAAUUGAGAAAUGGAUGUAGGUUAGUGCUUAAGAUGUCGGCUCUUGCUUUAAUAGAGCAAGGUGUUGGGAGUUCGUAUAACCAGUGAGCCAAGAAAGGAUGGAGAGGCAAAGAAAGACUUAGGCAUUUGUGCCUGCAGAUGGCGUACACCAGUGGUAGAAGUUAUGCUAUAUUUUCGAAGGUACUUGCAUCCGUACAAAGUGGGAGAACAAACUUUAAAGACUACAAGUAGGAUCUAGACCUAUUGGAGGCCAGGGGCUGAUCCCCUGUGCGACUCCUGACUGCUCAUUAUGUGACAAAAGACUUUUCAAUCAACUUGUUAAUAAGUCAGUGGUGUGAAGUGUAGAAGUAAAUGCAAGGGUUUCAAGAAUGUGCUAUGGAAAAGCUGCAAGUAAACAUACAAAAGCUUUGCCAAAAUUGGAAAUGGAAAAACUUUGUAGAAUGGAGCUUCAAGGCUGGUGCUACAAGAUUGCUUUGUCUGAUGAGUGGUUCAUCAGUUGUCUAUCACAGUACUUCACUUUCAACAUAACAAAAUAAUAGAGGCUGAAGUUUCCAGCAGCGGGAUUUAUCCUCGAAAGUGAACAGAUCUGGUAUGAUAGGGUUUUGUGCUCGAGGACCACUCAGGCAUCAUAUUACAGAGGGCAUUGGGAGUGAAAGGACCGUUUGAAUGACGUCAUCGGUGCAAUAAGCCAACCAAGAGGCGCAGUUCUUGGGCGCAUUUUUGUAUAGAGGAACCGAAAACAUUCGAUGAGCUUGUAGUAAAAUAGUGGUUAUAUUGUUAUCAACAUUUGUUUUCAUUUUUUUUAUUUUUUAUUGUUUUUUGUAAUUUUUUUGUUUUGUUUUAUUAAUAUAAGUCGCUGGUUCGACCUCCCUCCUAUAGACCAGAGUUGUUUACGUGAGUUCUGGCAACAAACAAGAUGUGAGUUCACGGCACAUGUUCUUUGAAGCCAUACUUCGUCCAGUCAGGUUAUGCAGUACUUAAUGACGUCUGUGAACACGCUCUCUGUCCCCCACCUGUUACCGAUGACGUCAUCGUUUUACAGUGGACUUAUUAAUCAGCGUGAUGCAUUGAUGAAAUGUUUCUCAAAAACCUUGGCAGUUUUUGUUUCGGAAUCUAGUCAGUACAAUAAUUAUUACUGUGUAUAGUAAUAAAAUAUGUCAGAUAUUGUCAUGUAAUUCAUUUGUAUACAAACCAUUUAUUUGAUUUGAUUUUUGUAUUUAAAAGUUCAAUUUUAUGUUAAACAAAUUUCAAAGUUUAUGAACAAAAUAUUUCAAUCUGGUAGAAGGAAAAAAUUAAAAACUUUUGCAUAUCCUUUUUAUGCAAAAGCUGCUCAAAAGAAACUUGGAAAAAAAAGAAAUAGGUUAUAAGAAUACAAAGUCUAUUAGAAGUAUAAAAAACAUCAGAAAUUUUCACAAAUGAUCUCAAUAUUUUCAAAUGACUUCUCGUUGUAAUUUGGUACAUAUAUAUAAAUAUAUUUUUUUUCUUUUGUGUAAAUAAUCUUAGUCUGUCACCUUCCCUUCCUUCUGCCUGAUGUCUCUUAAUACAUUACGAAUCUUAAUAAUGUUGUACAUAGUGUUAUUAUUGAAUAUUCCCUGUACAGUUAAACUAUAUGGCAUUUUUUCUGUAAGACUUAUCGAAGGAUUUUAUAUAUUUUGUAGAGUUAGUUCUUGAUAGUCCUAAUGACGGGGGCUUCGAGUCUAAGGAACAAAUACAUUUUUAUAUGUUUCAAGUGA